AUGCUACCGGGGCCCCACCAAGAGCGGGUGAGCGAGGAGGGACUGUGUGUCGUUGCCACACUCUGUCACCCAGGGCCCCACGCACUUCUACUGGUGGUCCCUGUGUCGCAGCCCUUCAGACAGCAGAGAAGCAGAUAGGUCAUCUAGGUGGAGGGGCCUGGAAGCAUCACGGCUAAUGGGAAGUCCCUGGUGGAGAGGUGUGGUAACAGAUACCAUGGCCUGGAUAGUAACACACAGCAGAGUGGGGAUGACAACACAGUGAACACACAAGUUCAGGAGCUGCUGGAGAAGGUAGAGGAGCUGUUUAAGUACAACCAUGGCUGGUAUUUUGCAGAUGGAGUAGGAGCAAGCAAGGAGGGCAGUUGA